AUGAUUUCAGGCAUUGGCCAGGGAGUUAAAACUUCUCUUAUGAGUGUGAAAGAGCCAGAUAUGAGUGUUUGGGAAGUACGUGAGGCUUUCGUCCAGGACAGCAGCUUCACCUCCCUGGGAGACAACAACGCCAUCCACCUUCAGCAUAACUUUGAUCAAGACGGCUGUUACUGCUUCCAGCUGGAAGCAGAAGGUUACUCCAGGCUCUACACAACCCCUGAUCGCUUCACUAGUCAACGGAACUGUACCCCUCAUGUUGAAGGUGGUAAUACCUACCAUACACCUGAGGCACAUACCACAUCGUGGAUGGCGGUAGCGGGGGUGGUGGGAGUACUGAUCGUUGUGCUGACCUCACUACUGCUGCUGGUGCUCUUCUGCAGGACCACGCUCCACACGCUAAGGAGAUACGACACUGAAAACUUGGUUGAGUUAGUGAAAGUACAAGACACAGGUGUCCAGGCCAGGUGUGUUCCCGAGCUUCUUCUCUUAUAUGCUGACGAUGUCCUUCAACACCAGCAACUGCAGCAACUCAAGAAAAUGUUGCAGAAAUACUUUAAGGUGCAGGAUAUAUACGACAACGAGGACACAGAGCGUCUGUAUGACAUCAAUGGAUGGCUCUCGAAGAAGUUGUUAGGGAUAGGAAGAGAUGUUGGCGUGAAAGUCGUGUUGGUGAUGUCUUCAGCCCUUAUUUCUCUUACACAUUUGCUUCAGAGCUCCAACAGUGAGACACGUAGAAUGAGUAAGUUGGAAACACAGCAACAACACCUGCAGCUGACUUUCGCUCUUCGCAUCCUUAUCAACACCUGCCUCUUCCCUGACUACUCCAGAGUCUUCAUUGUCAGACUUGAUGGAUGUCGCCUGGAGGAGGAGGAGGAGGAGAUGAGGUUGGUGGUUGGCAGCCGCAGAUACAACCUUCCAAGGCACCUGGACACCCUUCUUCACGAUAUACAGUAACUGAUGUAUCAACACUACUGCCUUCCUUGAUGAGAGAAGCGAAUGUUCAACACCAGGGUAUCUUCAUUUCGGAAACGUAUCGGGUGCGCAGCAGGCGUGUCAAUAAUGCAAACAACGUAGUCAAACACCAAAAUAAUGCAAUUUUUCGUAGAACCAAAAAAUCUGGUGGUAGUAGGUUGGUAGACAAUAACCAGCCAGGGAGGUACUACCGUCCUGUGGUAGCAGGUUGGUAAAUAACCACCCAGUGAGGCACUACCAUCCUGUGGUAAUAGGUUGGUAGACAACAACCACCCAGGGAGGUGCUACCGUCCUGUGGUAAUAGGUUGGUAGACAACAACUACCCAGGGAGGUGCUACCGUCCUGUGGUAAUAGGUUGGUAGACAACAACCACCCAGGGAGGUGCAACCGUCCUGUGGCAGUAGGCUGGUAGACAAUAACCACCCAGGGAAGUACUACCGUCCUGUGGUAGUAGGUUGGUAGAUAACCACCCAGUGAGGCACUACCAUCCUGUGGUAGUAGGUUGGUAGACAGCAGCCACCCAGGGAGGUACUACAGUCCUGUGGUAGUAGGUUGGUAGACAGCAACCACCCAGGGAGGUACUACCGUCCUGUGGUAAUGGGUUGGUAGACAACAACCACCCGGGAGGUACUACCGUCCUGUGAUAGUAGGUUGGUAGACGACAACCACCCAGGGAGGUACUACCAUCCUGUGGUAGUAGGUUGGUAGACAGCAACCACCCGGGGAGGUACUACCGUCCUGUGGUGGUAGGUUGGUAGACAACCACCCGGGGAGGUACUACCGUCCUGUGGUAGUAGGUUGGUAGACAACAACCACCCAGAGAGGUACUACCGUCCUGUGGUAGUAGGUUGGUAGACAGCAACCACCCAGGGAUGUAAUACCGUCCUGUGACAGUCGGAUGGUAGACAACAACCACCCGGGAGGUACUACCGUCCUGUGAUAGUAGGUUGGUAGACGACAACCACCCAGGGAGGUGCUACCGUCCUGUGGUAAUAGGUUGGUAGACAGCAACCACCCGGGGAGGUACUGCCGUCCUGUGGUAGUAGGUUGGUAGACAACAACCACCCGGGGAGGCCUUACCGUCCUGUGGUAGUAGGUUGGUAGACAGCAACCACCCAGGGAGGUACUACCGUCCUGUGGUAGUAAGUUGGUAGACAACAACCACCCAGGGAGGUACUACCGUCCUGUGGUAGUAAGUUGAUAGACAACAACCACCCAGGGAGAUACUACUGUCCUGUGGUAGUAGGUUGGUAAACAACAACCACCCAGAGAGGUACUACAGUCCUGUGGUAGUAGGUUGGUAAACAACAACCACCCAGAGAGGUACUACCGUCCUCUGGUAGUAAGUUGGUAGACAACAACCGCCCAGGGAGGUACUACCGUCCUGUGGUAGUAAGUUGGUAGACAACAACCACCCAGGGAGAUACUACCGUCCUGUGGUAGUAAGUUGGUAGACAACAACCACCCAGGGAGGUAAUACCGUCCUGUGACAGUCGGUUGGUAGACAACAACCACCCGGGGGGUACUACCGUCCUGUGGUAGUAAGUUGGUAGACAACCACCCAGGGAGAUACUACCGUCCUGUGGUAGUAGGUUGGUAGACAGCAACCACCCGGGGAGGUACUGCCGUCCUUUGGUAGUAGGUUGGUAGACAACAACCACCCGGGGAGGUACUGCCGUCCUGUGGUAGUAUGUUGGUAGACAACAACCACCCAGGGAGGUACUACCGUCCUGUGGUAGUAAGUUGGUAGACAACAACCACCCAGGGAGGUACUACCGUUCUGUGGUAGUAAGUUGGUAGACAACAACCACCCAGGGAGGUACUACCGUCCUGUGGUAGUAAGUUGGUAGACAACAACCACCCAGGGAGGUACUACCGUCCUGUGGUAGUAGGUUGGUAGACAACAACCACCCAGGGAGGUACUACCGUCCUGUGGUAGUAGGUUGGUAGACAACAACCACCCAGGGAGGUACUACCGUCCUGUGGUAGUAGGUUGGUAGACAACAACCACCCAGGGAGGUACUGCCAUUCUGCCAAGUGACUGUGAAACAGAAACCUGUAAUUGUUUUACAUGAUGGUAGGAUUGCUGGUGUCCAUUUUCUGUCUCAUGAACACGCUGGAUAACAGGUACGUCUUGCUACUUCUACUUACACUUAUUUCACACUACACAGGCAUGCACCUGCAUAUAUAUACAUACACAUAUCUAGGUUUUUCUUAUUUUUUCUUAAUAUUUCUUGUUCUUCUUUAUUUCCCUUAUUCUUCAUGGGGAAGUGGAAAAGAAUCUUUCCUCCGUAAGCUAUGCGUGCCCGAGUAGAGUAGUAAGGGAGAAAAAGCUAGCAUAUGAGAGGUUUAUGUAAAGUAGAAGUGAUGCAAGGAGGGAAGAAUAUAUGGAGAGAAAAAGAGAGGUUAAGAGAGCGGUGAGAGCAAAUGAGAGAGUAGGGGGGAUGUGUUAAAAACAAAUUUUGCAGAAAAUAAGAAAAAGUUUUAGAGUGAGAUUAAUAAGUUGAGAAAGCCUAGAAAUGAAUGGAUUUGACAGUUCAAAAUGGGAGAGGAGAGUUAGAGGUAUCGGAAGGAUGGAGGGAAUAUUUUGAUAAAUUGUUAAAUGUUGAUGAAGUUAGGGAAACUGUGAUUUCGCGUAUAGGACAAGGAGGAAUAACAUCUGAUAGAAGUGAAGAAGAGCCAGUUGUGAGUGUGGGGAAAGUUCGUGAGGCAGCGGGUAGAAUGAAAGGGGGUAAAGCAGCUGGGGUUGAUGGGAUAAAGAUAGAAGUGUUAAAAGCAGGUGGGGAUAUAGUUUUGGAGUAUUUAGUGCUUUUAUUUAAUAAAUGUAUGGAAUAGGGUAAGGUACCUUGGAAUUGACAGAGAGCAUGCAUAGUUCGUUGGUAUAAAGGCAAAGGGGACAAACGAGAGUGUAAAAAUUAUAGGGGAAUAAGUCUGUUGAGUAUACUUGCUAAAGUGUUUGGUAGAGUUAUUAUUGAGAGAAUUAAGAGUAAGACGGAGAGUAGGACAGCAGAUAAACAAGGAAGCUUUAGGAAGGGUAGGGUGUAUGUAGACCAAGUGUUUACAGAGAAACAUACAGGUGAACAGUAUUUAAAUAAGGGUAAAGAGGUUUUUGUGGCAUUUAUGGAUUUGGAAAAGGCGUAUGACAGGGUGGAUAGGGGGACAAUGUGGCAGAUGUUGCAAAUGUAUGGAAUAGGAGGUAGGUUAUUGAAAGAAGUCAAGAGUUUUUAUCAGGAUAGUGAGGCUCAGGUUAGAGUAUGUAGGAGAGAAGGAGAUUAUUUUUCAGUAAAAGUAGGCCUUAGACAGGGAUAUGUGAUGUCACCGUGGUUGUUCAAUAACUUUGUAGAUGGGUAUGUAAAAGAAGAGAAUGCUCUUGUAUUGGCAAGACGUGUGGGGUUAAAAGAUAGAGAAUCUAACACAAAGUGGGAGUUGUCAUAUUUGCUCUUGGCUGAUGGCACUGUGCUUUUGGGAGAUUCUGAAGAGAAGUUGCAGAGGUUGGUGGAUGAAUUUGGUAGGGUAUGUAAAAGAAGAAAAUUAAAAGUUAAUAUAAGAAAGAGUAAAGUGAUGAGGAUAAGAAAAAAAAUAGGUAAUGAAAGACUGGAUAUCAGAUUGGAGGGAGAGAGUAUGGAGGAGGUGAAUAUAUUCAGAUAAUUAUUAGUGGACGUGUCAGCAGAUGGGGAUCUGAAAGAUGAGGUGAACCAUAAAAUUGACGAAGGGAAAAAGGUGAGUGGUGCACUGAGGAGUUUGUGGAGACAAAGAACUUUAAGCAAAGAGGGUAAUGUAUGAGAGUAUAGCUAGACCAACGCUCUUAUAAGGGUGUGAAGCAUGGGUGGUGAAUGUUACAACAAGGAGAAGGCUGGAGGCAGUAUAGAUGUUAUGUCUGAGAGCAAUGUGUGGUGUGAAUAUAAUGCAGAGAAUCCGUAGCUUGGAGAUUAUGAGGAGGUACUGGAUUACCAAAACUAUUAUCCAGAGGACUGAGGAGGUGUUGCUGAGGUGGUUCGGACAUGUAGAGAGUAUGAAACAAAAUAAAAUGACUUCGAGAGUGUAUAACUCUGUAAUGGAGGGAUGGCGGGGUAGGAGUAGGCCUAGUAAAGGUUGGAGGGGGGGGUAAAGAAGGUUUUGUGUGUGAGGGGCUUGGACUUCCAGUAAGCAUGAGCGUGAGUUAGGUAUCUUUAUUUCGAAACGUUUCGCCUACACAGUAGGCUUCUUCAGUCGAGUACAGAAAAGUUGAUAGAAGCAGAAGAUACUGUAAUCAGUCCAUCACCCUUAAAGUUUUGAGGUGGUUAGUCCCUCAGUCUGGAGAAGAGCAUUGUUCCAUAGUAUGAAACAAUAUGGAGAUGAAGUGAGGUGAGACGUAGGUCACUAGAAGAGGUAAGAACGCAGAUGUUGGGAGGUCAGGUCCCUCUCAAAUCCAGCCGUUCUCACUAGUAGAGGUUGUCGAAGUUGAUUGCAGGUCUGUACCAAGAUACCCUUGUGUUGCAGUGUCUGACAGAUUGAACAUUAAAAUGGUAUAAAAUACCGACAGGUUGUUAGGUAAGACACAUAUGCAACAGUUAGGUAUCUUUAUUUCGAAACGUUUCGCCUACACAGUAGGCUUCUUCAGUCGAGUACAGAAAAGUUGAUAGAAGCAGAAGAUACUUGAAGACGAUGUAAGGCUAUAUAAGGCUCCAUCCUGUCACUUCAUCUCCAUAUUGUUUCAUACUAUGGAACAAUGCUCUUCUCCAGACUGAGGGACUGACCACCUCAAAACUUUAAGGGUGAUGGACUGAUUACAUCGUCUUCAAGUAUCUUCUGCUUCUAUCAACUUUUCUGUACUCGACUGAAGAAGCCUACUGUGUAGGCGAAAAGUUUCGAAAUAAAGAUACCUAACUGUUGCAUAUGUGUCUUACCUAACAACCUGUCGGUAUUUUAUACCAUUUUAAUGUUCAAGCAUGAGCGUGUUAAAUAGGAGUGAAUGGAGACAAAUGGCUUUCGGGACUUGACGUGCUGUUGGAGUGUGGGCAAAGUAACAUUCAUGAAGAGAUUCAGGGAAACUGGCAGGUCGAACUUGAGUCCUGGAGAUGGGAAGUACAGUGUCUGCACUCUGAAGGAGGGAUGUUAAUGUUGCAGUAUUGUAACUAGUGUAAGCGCGGCUCUGGCAAAACAGUGAUGGAGUGAAUGAUGAUGAAAGUUUUUCUUUUUCGUGCCACCCUGCCUUGGUGGGAAGCGGCGUAUGUGUAAUAAAAAAAAUGAAGGAUAGUCAUUAUAAUUAUGAGCAAACAUGCGUAAGGAGCCACCGCCAAACAUGCGUAAGGAGCCACCGCCAAACAUGCGUAAGGAGCCACCGCCAAACUAGCCUGUGGUGCCUCAAGUGGCUAUUUUGAAACUGUCAUUACCGCUGCCACUGCAAGCUGGCAGGUUUUAAAUAGAUCACAUUUUGUUAUUGUGAUGGAACUUGUGAUGUGUAGUAGUGGUUUUACUGGAUGUCCCAUCAGUUGUGUAUUAUGUUUCCAAAAUCCUAUGUUUUGUUCUGGUUUUAUAUCAAAAGUAUUAUUGUAGGGUCUGGUGGCCUGUUUAAGUUUAAUAUGUUUAUUAUGCACCCCGCCCCAUCCUGUGGGCGGUAGUCAAAAGAUUACAGAGGUACAUAAUGGGUCCAGGGACUGGGCCCCCAAAGUUUUGAUAGCUGAACUAGGUACAACGGUAAUGGGCUCACAAGUUACAAAGGUAAUGAAUUAUGUAAGUAAGUAAAUUUACUUACUUACGUUUAUACAUGACUACAAUCAUGAACAAAUUAUAGAGUAAUAAACAAUUUACAUGUCCACACCCGGUCACAACUGUAAUGAGUUAUUAGUGCAAAUAUGUAUUUGCCAUAACUGAGACGUGGUUUAAUUUAAAAAAUCGGGACAUGCCUGCAGAAUGUCGCAUUCAGGGUUUUAAAUUGUUCCAAG